UAUAGAUUUUCCAGCUUUCGUUUUCUCUGUGGAAAAUCCAAAACCCCAAUUUCCCAAGUGCGUGAAAUUGCGCACUCUGAAGGAGCUCCAGAUCGAAAUUGUAGAUUUGUGCGUUGCAGGAAAACCCAAGCCCAAUCAGUUUCUUCUUGAUUGAAGAUUUGGGUUGCUAAUUUUGUAGUUUUUCUGGAGAAAAGUCAAGGAUACAUCACAAGUGAAGAUUUAGAAUGAAGAACAAUGAGCGUCUCGCCAAUUUGGCUUUGGCAGCUUUGACCCUAGCCCCACUUGUUGUGAAAGUAGACCCGAACUUAAAUGUCAUUUUGACAGCAUGUCUAACCGUAUAUGUUGGUUGCUACCGCUCUGUCAAGCCAACUCCCCCAUCUGAGUCUAUGUCCAGAGAACAUGCCAUGCGCUUCCCGUUGGUUGGGAGUGCGAUGUUGCUUUCACUGUUUUUGCUUUUCAAAUUUCUGUCUAAAGACUUGGUCAACGCAGUCUUGACAUGCUAUUUCUUUGUGCUUGGGAUCGCUGCUCUUUCGGCAACAUUACUUCCUGCAAUUAAAAGGUUUCUGCCCACUGCAUGGAAUGAAAAUCCCAUUAUCUGGCGUCUCCCAUAUUUCCGCUCUGUAGAGGUUGAGUUCACUAAAGCACAAGUUGUUGCUGCUAUUCCUGGAACCUUCUUUUGCGUGUGGUAUGCUUCUAAGAAGCAUUGGCUGGCCAACAAUAUAUUGGGCCUUGCAUUCUGCAUUCAGGGAAUUGAAAUGCUUUCACUGGGCUCAUUUAAAACUGGUGCUAUUCUCUUGGCUGGGCUUUUUGUAUAUGACAUAUUCUGGGUCUUUUUUACCCCUGUCAUGGUUAGUGUAGCUAAGUCUUUCGAUGCCCCAAUCAAGCUUUUAUUCCCAACCCGUGAUGCUGCACGCCCGUUUUCAAUGUUGGGGCUUGGUGAUAUAGUGAUCCCUGGAAUUUUUGUAGCGUUAGCACUAAGAUUUGAUGUGUCCAGAGGGAAAGAGAGCCAGUACUUUAAGAGCGCGUUUUUAGGAUACACUGCAGGUUUGAUCGCCACUAUCAUAGUAAUGAACUGGUUCCAAGCAGCACAGCCUGCACUGUUGUAUAUUGUGCCUGGGGUUAUCGGUUUUCUGGCAGCUCAUUGCAUAUGGAAUGGUGAAGUUAAACCUGUGUUAGCAUUUGAUGAGUCGAAAACAGCGACUAGUGCUGAAGAAACUGAUGCGGAUUCGAGCAAGAAAGAAGAAUGAUAUUGAUUGGUUGAUUUUGUGUGAGUUUUAAAAAUCCAGAUUUACUUGAAAAAAAACAUUGGAAGAGAUUUGUGAACUUUUUGCUUUACUACAAGGAAUUUUAUGAAAGUAGAACUGACAGACAAACAGACUAACUUAAGUGAACACAGAUUUUGAUGAUCAGCAAAACAACUUCUAUCGAGUUUUACCGUUUGGGAA